AUGGCUGACCAUUCGAUGCUGGCCGUCCUGUUCGUGUCGCUGUUCAUAUUCGUGUUCUUCAAGUAUUGCCUGGGAGACGAAGCGCCGGUGCAAGCCGCGGCGGCCGCCCGCGGCGCCGGACUGGACGGCUACCGGCACGACAACGUCACCCGGACGGUAUUGCAACACGUGCUGUACGAUCAGUUCGCCGGGUCCGCGAACGCCCAACUGCAAUUCGUCUGA